AUGGGCUUUAUUGUGGCCGUGGCCGUGGCGACCGCCGUGUCCGCCCUGCUAUCUUUCUACCUUUAUAGGUUGAACGGGGUCAUGGAGAAAAUACCAGAAGAGGCAUGGGCGUGGUACAGCAAGCCGUGGACAGAAACCGAGAUCCAGGAGACGUACGACAGGAUGAGCCGUCAGCCCAUCGACUUCGCAAGAGCCCUGCCGCCGAAGAUGGACAGGAGGUACGUGGUGUGCGGCGGCUCGGGCCUGGUCGGCGGCGACAUUGUGCUCAGCCUCCUCUCGCGGGGCCAGCCACCCUCGUCCGUACGCAUUUUGGACUUUGCCAGGCCCUCCAGGUCUGACAUGGCCCAUGGCGAGGCCGCCGCCGUCGACUACGUCAAGACAGACAUCACCGACCCGGCGUCGGUCGAGGCGGCGUUCGCCAAGCCCUGGCCCAGCGACGUCGCGCAUCUCCCCCUGACGGUGUUCCACACCGUGGCCGCGAUCCGCCCGGGCGAGCGGUCGCUGCUCGUCUGGGAGCGCACGAGCCGCGUCAACAUCGACGGCACGCGCAUCAUGCUCACGGGCGCCAAAGCAGCGGGCGCCGACAUAUUCGUCGCCACCUCGUCCGCCUCGGUAACUAUCCGGCCCGCGCGCUUCUUCCCCAUCCCGCCGUGGCGGUCGACGCCGCCGCAGGGCUACUUCCAGGUCUGCGACGAGCGCGACUUUGACCGGCCGCUCAGGCCGCACGGGGAGUUCUUCUCCAACUACGCCUACUCCAAGGCCAUCGCGGAGCGGGACGUGUGCUCGGCGAACUCGGCCGCGUUCCGGACCGGGUGCAUCCGGCCGGGCAACGGCAUCUACGGGCUGCCGACGGACGUCAUCUGUGGGAGCAUGCUGAGGCAGCAGAAGGUCGUCACCUUCACACCCCAGACCAUCCAGAACCUGGUGGCCGGGUGGAACGUGGCGCUCGCGCACCUGGCCUUCGAGGCGGCCCUGGAGCCCCGGGCGGGCGGCGGCGGCGGCGCGGCGGCGGGGAUGCCCAGGUGCGCGGGGAGGCCGUACGUCGUCACGGACACGGGGCCGGCGAUACAGUGGGAGGACUUCUUCCGCGCCGCCAAGAAGCUCGCCGUCACGCCGAUGGAGGUCACGAGGGUGCCGCCACUGCCGCUCUACCUCAUUGCGCACCUGGUCGAGGGCUGGUCGCUGCUGCUCGCGACGGUGCCGCUCCUCGCGAGGCUGGGCCUGCGCGAGCCCGCGGGGCCGGCGAGGGAUCUGCAGCCGUCGGUGUUCACGCCGGCGGCCUUUAUCAUGGUUGUUGAUAAGGAGGCGAGAAAGUCGGUCGAGGACGGGGGCAUCGGGUACAAGGGGUUGUGCACCACUCUAGAGGGUGUCUGCGACCAGAUCUGGCGGUGGAAUCAGGAGAGGGAGAAAGAGGGCGUGGCAAAUGGCGUCGGGACCAAGAGCAUCUUAGAGGCUGACAUUGUGGAGACGCAUGUGGCUGCUUGA